AUGAGGGUGGAGGUAGAGUGCCAGCAUUUGGGUUUAGCUGCCUCCGGGGUUCCAGAUAAGAGCAAAUGCAGCACAGGAGGCCCUUCCUCGGUGGCAGCCACAGAGGCUCAGACCGGACUCAUGGCAGGUCCCCUAGUCCAGCCCCUGCUGCUCCUACUGCUGUCCUUUGCCCUGGGAUCUGCUGGACAAGAAGAGUACUUCAUCCACCCCCGGUAUAACAACCGCACCAAUAAUCAUGACAUCAUGCUGGUGAAGCUGCACAGCCCGGCCACGCUCUCGCCCACUGUGAACACAAUUUACCUACCGUCCAGCUGCAAAGGCUCUGGGACAAGCUGUACUGUGUCUGGCUGGGGAAUCACCACCAAGGAUGGAGCAACAAAGCCAUCAGAGCUCAUGUGCUCGAAUGUCAACAUCAUCUCCGCCCAGGAAUGCAAGCAGUCUUACCGGGCCCUGUUGAGAAAAUACAUGCUCUGUGCGGCUGCCCCCAACGGGCUGUCAAACAGCUGCAAA